AUGGCCACCACCAAAGCCAUCUUCUUCUUCUUUGUCUCCGCCGUGUGCCUGUCGUCUCUCGUCGGUAAGGCCGUCGCUGACGCCGAUGACUUUGACCAAUUCCAAAUUCAGGGAUCGGUUUAUUGCGACACAUGCCGUGUCCAAUUCGUUACCCGUCUCAGCAAAUUCCUUGAAGGCGCGAAAGUGAAGCUAGAGUGCAGGAGCAGAGCAAACGGAACCGUAACGUUGACCAAAGAAGCCGUAACGGACAAAACAGGGAGCUACAAAAUGCAAGUGACCGGUGACCACGAGGAGGAGGUCUGCGAGCUCGUGCUCGUCCAGUCACCAGACAGUGGCUGCAGUGACGUCAGUAAAGAGGCUUACCUACGUAACGCCGCUAAGAUCAGCCUGACGGCGAACGACGGAAUCGUCUCCCACGAGACACGUAUCGUUAACCCUCUCGGUUUCAUGGUUAAGACGCCGUUAGCUGAGUGUCCCGCUGCUUUCAAGGAGCUCGGAAUCGUUCCUGACGUCACCUUCUAA